AUGCUCUUUUCCUCAUCUGUUCAAAUUGCCUCAUCUGCUCUCUUGAUAUCCUCUGUCCUUGCUUCUCCUCUCAAUCUUUUCAAAAAGGACCCAAGCAAAGACUAUGAACAAUACUUGGUCAAAAAAGAUUCCCGACCUAACGCCAAUACAUGGUGGACUCCAACAAGAACCAUUUGGUGGUCUCAUGGUGAUUUAACCAAGUCAGUAGAAGCUCCUUCGGCUCCAGUUUUCAAUCCAGAAACAUAUUCCUAUGAUUCAAAAUGGUAUACUCCUGACAGAACUGUUUGGUGGACUCCUGAUAGAACUGUCUGGUGGACUCCCGAAACAACGAUCUCCGCUUCAACUCCAACUUCAUCUAACACCAAAACUGAUGCUUCGCCAACCACCACAGCGACCACCUCAGUCACAACUUCAACUAGUUCUACUUCAGAGACUUCAGCCAGUGAUGAUGAUGAAAGUGUUUCAGUAAAAGAAACGACAACUUCUUCUGAUUCUGAUGCUGAUAAAUCUACAUCUACUCCAGAUGAUGAUAAAUCUACAUCUACUCCAGAUGAUGAUAAAUCUACUACUGCUUCUGGUUCCAAUGAAUCUAGCACUACUUCUGCAGCUUCUAGUUCAGAUGACUUGGAUGAAACUGAGACUGAGACUGGAACUGGAACUGAUUCUGAUCCAACUGAAACUGAUUCUGAUGCAACUGAAACCUCAAAUGGCUCAAGAGGAAUUACAUCAACUCUCAGUGGCUCUCUUACUGCUAGUGCUACCUCGGUUGCUGAAUCUGAAUCUGAGUCUGAGUCUGAGUCUCAAUCCAGCUCCAGUUCCAGCUCCAGAAGAAGUUCUAGUUCUUCUGCUAGUUCCUCUUCUAGCAGCUCUGAAUCCUCCUCAGUUGCUGCUUCUGAUGACGAGACUGAAUCGGAUACCGAUACUGCUUCUGCUUCUGGAACUGAAACUGAAACAUCUUCUUCAGGUUCCAACAAAAUUGGACCAUAUACAUACCACGGUUCAAAAGAAAAUGCUGCUACUAAAGCAUUGGCCACUGCUUUAGUUCUUUUCACCUUUGGUGUUAUUUCUUGUUAA